AUGGCAGAAAAGCAUACUCUAACUUUGGCACUAGCAUUGCUAAUGGCAGUUAUUGCUGCUUCUCAAAAUCCUGGUAACCGUCGACCCGAGGGAGCUCGUGGACCUGGUGGAGCAUUUGGACCUCCUGGACUUGGCGGAGCAUUUGGACCUCCUGGGCUUGGUAGACCUGGGGGACCUCCCGGCUUUGGAAGUCCUGGACGUGGACCUAAUGGACCUCCUGGACGUGGACCUGGUAGACAAGAAUUUGGUGGGCCUGAGGGACCCGGUGGACCAAGACCUAAUGGACUAAAACCUAAUGAACCAAAACCUAAUGAACCAACACAAAAUGGCCCAAAACCUAAUGGACCACAACCUAAUGAACCAAAACCUAAUGAACCAAAACUAAAUGGACCAAGUGCUAAUGGGCCAAACGAACAACAAAAGCCAGUAUCAGUAACUUCAGCUUCUGUGGUAGCAGAAUCAUCAACUGCAGCACCUGAGGCAGCAAUUGUAUCUUCAACUGCAGCUCCUGAGGUAACAAUAUCAACUGCAUCUCCAGAAGUAUCAUCAACUGCUACUUCUACCUCAACGACAGUUACAUCGACUGCGGCUCCAGAAAUAACAACAACAUCUAAAGCUCCAGCUUCAAAAUAA